GCUUGAGCUCAUUGGUUGAUUCUCGUUUGUUGUUAAACCUGAUUGGUUGGAGCACAAUACGCCUGUCAGUGGCGCUGGCAAAACAGACGCACGCAAGCUACCAAUGAGAAACUAAACGUUCACCUGCUAACACACACAACAUGCUGACUGCACGCAAAGCAUGCGCAUCUUUCACCGCCUGCCGGCUGCUGGGAGUCUCCUCGUCCCUUGACACCCAACACCGUCCUAGACAGUUCCAUACCACUGCCCAACACAAGGAUGGAGUGAAGAUCCACCAAGGUUGGGCCGACUUGGCCAAGAAACAGUUGAAGGGAAAAAAUCCAGAGGAUCUGAUUUGGAGGACCCCAGAGGGCAUCUCCGUUAAACCUGUGUAUACUCAGAUAGACACUGCCGCAGUCAAAGAUGAACUGCCUGGAGUUCACCCCUUCACACGGGGGCCGUACCCCACCAUGUACACCUACAGACCGUGGACCAUCAGACAGUAUGCCGGCUUCAGCACUGUGGAGGAAAGCAAUAAGUUUUACAGGGAUAAUAUUAAAGCGGGUCAGCAAGGACUUUCCGUAGCGUUUGACCUACCCACACACAGAGGGUAUGACUCGGACAAUCCCAGAGUUUACGGAGAUGUGGGAAUGGCGGGUGUAGCCAUCGACACAGUGGAGGACACCAAACUGCUAUUCGACGGGAUCCCGCUGGAAAAGAUGUCCGUUUCCAUGACGAUGAAUGGUGCCGUCCUUCCCGUCCUUGCCAUGUUCAUCGUGACCGGAGAAGAGCAAGGCGUGGCCAAGGAGAAUCUGACCGGCACCAUCCAAAACGACAUACUCAAAGAGUUCAUGGUGCGAAACACGUACAUAUUCCCUCCAGAGCCCUCGAUGCACGUCAUCGCAGAUAUCUUCGCCUACAGCGCAAAGAAUAUGCCCAAGUUUAAUUCCAUUUCCAUCAGUGGAUAUCACUUACAAGAAGCCGGUGCUGAUGCUAUCUUGGAGUUGGCCUACACCAUCGCCAAUGGACUGGAAUACUGCAGGACGGGACUGAAGGCUGGACUCACCAUCGACGAAUUUGCACCCAGAUUGUCUUUCUUCUGGGGGAUCGGCAUGAACUUUUACAUGGAGAUCGCCAAGCUGAGGGCAGCGCGUCGACUGUGGGCUACACUGCUCGAAGAGAAGUUCCAGCCCAAGAACUCCAAAUCUCUUCUACUCAGGACUCACUGCCAGACAUCCGGAUGGUCUCUGACCGAACAGGACCCCUACAAUAAUGUGAUCCGUACGGUGAUCGAGGCGAUGGCGGCCGUGUUCGGAGGGACACAGUCUUUGCACACAAACUCUUUUGACGAAGCUAUGGGUCUCCCCACCGUCAAAAGUGCCCGCAUCGCCCGGAACACCCAGAUCAUUAUUCAAGAGGAGUCGGGCAUCCCGAAGGUGGCUGACCCCUGGGGUGGAUCUUACAUGAUGGAGUCCCUCACCAAUGACAUGCACAACUCUGCGCUCAAGUUCAUCACAGAGAUCGAGGACAUGGGUGGGAUGGCUCGCGCCGUGGCCGAAGGCAUUCCCAAACUGCGCAUUGAGGAGUGUGCCGCCCGCAGACAAGCUCGCAUCGAUUCAGGCUCCGAGGUCAUUGUAGGGGUCAACAAGUACCGCCUGGAGAAGGAGGAAUCAGUGGAUGUGCUAGCGAUCGACAACACAGCCGUGCGAAACAAGCAGAUCGAAAAGCUAAGAAAGGUCAGAGAGAGCAGAGACACAGGUGCUGCGAAGAGAUGCCUGGAUGCGAUCGAACUCUGUGCACGCAGCGGUGACGGCAACCUACUGGAGCUCGCCGUGGAGGCUGCCAGAGCCCGGUGUUCGGUGGGGGAGAUCACAGAUGCCAUGAAAUCUGUUUUCGGGGAGCACAAGGCCAGCACGCGCAUGGUGAGCGGAGCGUACCGCAACGAGUUCGGCGAGCACGAGGAGAUCGCUCUGGCACAUAACAGGGUCGUGCAGUUUAAAACGCAUGAAGGCAGAAACCCACGUCUGCUCGUGGCCAAAAUGGGACAGGACGGUCAUGAUAGAGGAGCAAAAGUCAUCGCCACUGGAUUUGCAGAUCUCGGGUUCGAUGUGGACGUUGGGCCACUUUUCCAGACCCCGGCUGAGGUUGCUCAGCAGGCUGUGGAUGCAGACGUGCACUGCGUGGGGAUCAGCACACUGGCGGCCGGUCACAAGACCCUCGUACCCGAGCUCAUCAAAGAGCUACGAAACCUCAACAGGCCAGAUAUCAUGGUCAUCUGCGGAGGCGUCAUUCCACCCCAGGACUAUGACUUUCUGUACAAGAGCGGCGUCAGCUGUAUCUUCGGCCCUGGGACCAGAAUUCCUAAAGCAGCGGUGGAGGUUCUCGACACCAUCGAGAAAAACCUGGAGAAGAUCCGGCAGGCCAUGUAACCACCAUGUCGGCCAAGAAAGGCGUUUGAUUUUCUAUCCGUUAUCACAGAUGUUAUCAGUGUGAAAUGAUGGCUUGUCAAAGCUGUGUUUGAUUGAACCCUAACAGCAGAUUUGUGUAGUUUGACAUUAAAAUGUCAAUCUGGAGGUGUUUGCGGUGUCAUCACAAGCCCUGUUAUUUUAUUAUGUUGUUCAUUCUUCUUGUGUGACAAGACGAUGUUUAAAAUGGGGUUUGGUGAUCUGUCGCUUUAUCGGUUGAGUUUUCAUAUUCUGUAGGGUAUGCACUAGCACACUCAUGCAACAACUCCACAUAAUACAAAGCACUGCGUUAUGCUCCUUCACUACAUGAUCAUAGUCAUUUUGAUGUUUGUUUCUGCUUCUGGAAGAAAUAAAAUUGUGGAUGUUAA